AGCUUACGUCAACGUCAAUUACGGAAUGACGUCUGCUAAAUUGAAUUAGCUGACGAAACUUAACACUUCCUUAACUAGCAAUCAGUUCAAUGAGAUAAUAUCAUUGUGACUCAUACGAUUAUUUAAACAAUCAUCAAUUUGUUAGCACUGCUACUAUAAGUUUUGAGGAAAGCGUUCACUAAUCCUUAGUUGAAUCUUCCGCUCUGGGAUGAUCGAAGCUGCUCCAGUUCUAGUUUUUCGGUCGAAAUCCGUCACAAUGAUUUGGAUCCUAACCUUCCUAGCCGUUUAUGCUGGCUCAAUUCCAGUACUUGAAGCAGCAGUAUGCAGCAGCGUCGCUUGCAACAAUGAAGCGGAGAGAAUCAUCAAAUUCCGUGAUGUCAGCGUAAAACCAUGCGACAAUUUCUUCCGAUUCGUCUGUGGGAAGUUUAAUCAGCCUGAAUGGAUCCAAAACCAUAAAAUGGACCCACUGGCACGAAUAGACGCUGAGAUGUUGAUAAAAGAUACAACGGGUUCUUCUUCCAAGCCCUACCAGUUUGCGGAUGAUCUUUACAGGAACUGCAUGGAUCCUAUUCUUUCAGAUUCUCUUGGAGACAAAGAUGAAUAUCUGCUCAUCUUGCACCUGAACACCUUUUUCAGGUCGUUGACCUUCAAAGAAGACAAGCCAACUGAGGCAAACUUUGAUUGGAUUGGAUUCGCGGCCACUGCUAAGAAACUUGGAUUCACCACCAACUACUUCCUGGACUUCAAACCUAUCCCUACUUACGAUGGUCAGAACAGUUCGUUGAGAUACUCCAUCCAGAUGGCUCCAUCAUACUUCGAUCCUUUGGUAGAUGGCAAUAACGCCACGCAAAGAAAAAUGUACCUCCAGUAUAUCUCUGACAUAAGACGGCUCAUAAAUGAAGACGUUGAUCAAAAGCAUCUGAAGAACUUCUAUGACUUCGAAUGCAAAUUGGCAGACAUAACAGUUCCAGAAAGUAAGUAUCACACUGAUGACAUCACCAUUGAAGAUCUGCAGAAGCGUUGGCCGAGGAUCGAUUGGAAGCGAUUGGUUGAUGAAGUCUUGAUGCCUCUUGUUGAUCCGAAUGAAAAACCUGUCUUAACAGUUUGGAAUGACGAUGCUUUGACCAAGUUUGAAAAGCUGAUGAAAGAGACACCUGGACUUGUUUAUGCUCACUACUCUAUCUGGAAGGCCACGCAAUUUGGCGUUCCGUUCUUCAAGAAAGAAGUCAGGGAAGCACACAAAGCUUUCCAUCGUCAACUGGGUUAUUCGGAUAAGCCGAGAAAAGUUGUUUGCGAAGAAGCGGUCAAGAAGUAUGCGCAGUAUGCUAUCCAGCAUAUGUAUCUAACCAACCACAAGAAGAGUGUUGAGGUUAUUGAAGAUAUGACCACGGCUAUCAAGAAGGAGAUGAUCAAAAUUAUCGAGGAGUCUAAGAUUUUGAACAAGGACGAGAAACAAGAGGGAAUUGAUAUCUUGGAAGAUAUGCCAGUUACCAUUGGGCCGUCGUCAAACUUGACAGAUUCUAAGAAAUUGGAAAACUUUUAUGAAGGAGUUGAGGUUUUUAAAGACAAUUAUCUGGAGACUAUCUUGAAGUUGAACGUCUUUAUGGCCAAAAAGGAGUAUAGUAACGCAGUUCAUAAGGAAUUCUUUCAGUAUAUGGUGAAGGGUAUUCACUUUCCAGGACUUCCGGAUAACUAUGCUGGGCAUCUUUACAUUCCGCUGAAUAUGAUACCAAGUGAGUCAUUUGACGCAGACCGUCCAAUGUACUUGAACUACGGUGCUGCUGGAGCAUUCAUAGCUCGAGAAAUGUUUAAAAGUCUGAGUCAUCUUGGAAGACAGUGGCUAGACAAUGGAACAGAGCUUGCAAAUGAUCACCUGGAUUGCUUCCGUAACCAAACUGUGAAGAUCUCAGAGCCUUAUCUAAGGAAAGUUAUAAGACACCACGCAGAAAAAGAUUACAUCAGCUACAACGUUGGAUUCCGCGCUGUCUAUGCAGCUUACAAAAAUUUUGUUAAAAAAUCUGGAGUGGAAUCAAAGCUACCGCAAUUGGGUUACACUCAGGAACAGCUGCUCUGGAUCUCGUUCGUGCACCCCGUUUGUUUUGCUAACGUCGAACCAAACCAGCCGCGCAUUUACGGAGAUCAAAAGUUGACGAUGUUUGAAUACAUGCUCAUGAGUAUCUUGGCUAAUGUUCCGCAGAUUUCGCUUGAUUUUCAGUGUCCUCUUGGUUCUCAUAUCAAUCCUAAGGAUAAGUGUUCUUGGUUGUGAUCAUAAAGGGUCCUUCAUUUUACGAAUCUUGUUCUAAGUGAAUUUAUAAAAGUUUUUCGAUAAUUUUAUGUCAAACGUCAGUAAAAAAAAUAAUUAUCCGCUGUACACUAUAAGAAUAAAUUGAAACGAUAAUUAUAA